AUGCAAGCCUUGACAACCAUAUUCAAUGCGCCUUCGUGGUGCUUAACCAGGUUUGCUGUGGCAAUUGACAACAAUCCUUUUCAUUCCAGCACCCUAUCGCCUUCAAGGGGGUGGGCUGAUCCUUCGUUCUCGAAAUGCAUGCCCAGCCAAGCCACCGAGCCGGCGCAGACCUUGAGUCCUGGCGUAUGUCCAGGCUACAUGAGCAUUGCGAGAACAACUUCCAACGUCGAGAGUGGCAAGACUAUUUGGACUGGAGGAUGCUGUCAGAGUGGUUUCUCAGAUAUGUCGACGUAUUUCUGCACUUCCACGGUUACCACGCCUAUGGCCUUUCUCCUCUUGCCAAACAUCACCACGACCGACAUAUACACGACGCUUUCCAGCAUGUGGAUAGAGCAUGAUCAGAUGACUGUCGUGUGGGAGGAGACUGACUUGAGGGUUCUUCCCAAGGAAGUUGCCACAAAUUAUGCAGCAAUCAUGGGCAUCACAGUCGCCACGACAACUGAGUCUCCCACCACCAGCACCACAACAACAACUCAAACUUGGACAGCACAGCAUCCAAGUGAGAAGACUUCCAGUACUAUUGCAGCCUCAACGUCAACGACAGUUUCUUCAAUGACUUCAUCGGUGACGAGUUCCACGGUAACAUUAGCAAUCGAUCCAUUGCCGACGAUAUCGUCGACUACGACAGGUACUAGCCACCCAUCGUCGACGUCCUCAUUGUCCCGAACUUCGAAUAGUGGAUCUGAACGAGCCCGAUCAACUAUAGUUCCAUUAGUUAUAUGGCUAGCAUUUCUCUGCGUGUUCACUGUUCUGCUAGGUUAA